AUGACUAGUAAAAGUAGUCGAAGUGCAAGGAUAUUGAAAAUGAUACAAGGAAUCAAAGAUGCUACAACUCCAACUGAAUCUCGAAAACAAAGGGAUGCUUCUUAUUACGUGAAUCUAAGAAGAAUGUCAUUAAGAUCCAGACGUAAUCUCCCAUCAUACGCACCGCCAAAUACUAGCAUUGAUGAUUCAUUUGAUAUAAUUGAUAAUGAGAAACAUAGGGAUGAAACAUAUCUACCGUCUACGGACGACGAUACUGCAAAUAGUUCAAAUUUAAAUAACGACUUGACGGAUACUCUGAUGGAUGAUAUAACGAAUGAUGCUGAUGACUCGGAUUCGAACUAUAACGAAACAUGCUUGCCAGAUCAAAGACCAAUGACUGACAUCGAGACACCGCGGAAUACUUUGUUGUCAGAUUCAGUUGCAACUUCUAGUCCUCCUCUGCUAGAUGCUGACAGCAACGUUAUUAUCGAAGCGAACGCAAACAUUCUGGCUGAUAACAGUAAUAAUUCAGUUAUCCAAAAUUCUGAAUAUUUAAAUGUGUUGGAACAACCUCAGAACCCAAUGCAUAGUGAAAGUGGUCAAUCGUGUCUUACUAUAACUAACCAGUCCUUAUCAAACGUAUUGGAACAAUCUCCGUACCAAAUGCAUGUAACACUAAGUAAUCCUAAUGAAUGUAAUCUCACAAAAAAUCACACAAUAACAAGCCAAUCAUUAUCACAAGACCAUACCACUCAGAUACAAGACUCAGUACCUACUACGUCAGGUGGCGCUUCCAAUGAUGGCAUUCCUAAUUUUUCUCAUGACAAUAGCUCUGAGUUUGACGACUCUGACAAAGAUCCAACGUACAUUUCUGCAUUCGAGAAAUCCUCCAGUAUCACAAGUUAUACUGAAGAAACGGAAGAAGUAUUGAAUAAGACACAUCAAAAUCAGCAAUUGUGUCUUAGACUUCGUAGCUUAGAGGAACCCCAGAAUCCAAAACUAGCGUACAACACUCUAACAGAGACAGUUUACUGCCGCGUUCUUCUUCUCAACAGACGUCGGCCUGGUGAACUGCAACGUCUCCCACUCAGCAUCUACCAAGAGAUCAGCAAUGACAAAAGCGCAUAUGAGGAAUUUGACCGAGCUAUUUCAAGUGCGGAAAAAGUGUUGGUAAAUAGUUUUAAGCGUAUUGUUAUACGGGGUAAAAGAGGUCGAGGUGUGCCCGUUCUGUUGACUGACGAAGUCCAAAGUGACAUCAAUUUGCUUAUCUCUGUGAGACGUAAUUACAUAUGUGAAAAAAACGACUUUUUGUUUGCAAAACCCGGAUCUGAAAGUACAUUAUGUGGUUAUAAGGUCUUGAAAAAGUAUGCCACUGCAAGUGGAGCUCGAAAUCCUGCAGCUAUUACUACGACUAAGCUACGCAAACAUUUGGCUACGUUGACUCAGAUGUUUAACCUUAAAGAAUCAGACAUUGAACAACUAGCUAACUUUAUGGGGCACACACAGGCUGUCCACAGACAAAACUAUAGAUUACCCGAUGACGUGUAUCAGACGGCCAAACUAUCAAAAUUACUGCUGCUCAUGGAGAGUGGCAAAGCAGACUCUUAUAGAGGCAAAUGUUUGGAUGACAUAAACUUAGAUUUAGAACAAGAUUUACUAGAAAACGCACAGGGCCACGAUAAUUACGAUAGUGAUGAAUUAAUAGAUUACGAUGCUGCAUUACCAACUGAAAAAUCAAAAGAAACGGAGUUCACAGACGAUAACCCUGUCCUUACUCCGCAGUCAACUCUACUUAGCGAUGCUACCAAUGCUACACAUAUUAAAACAAAGAAAAAACGAAACGUUGUUCCUUGGACCACAGAACAGAAAAGUAUAGUUAAAAAGUUUUUUAGCAAACAUAUUAAAAAUAAACAACCGCCAAAACGCCAUGAGUGCGAGGAACUUCGUAGUCAACAUACUGAAAUUCUGCACAACAAAGACUGGUUAAAAAUAAAAGUCUUCGUCCAAAAUGCCUAUACAAACAACAAAUAG